GCUUGCUUAGCGUGAGACACUUUCAUUCGGCCGAUAGAACAUGCGCUUGUCGGAAAUUACUGUCACUGUUGGUGGUAAUUGGCUAUCUCAGCAGGAGAAAGUGUAGUCAACGCGUCUUUUAAGUUUUCAAGUAUCUGGCGUUGGGGAGUUUAUGAUACGGUCUUUUCAUCUCCAUUAUGGCAGAGCUAAAGCUAGAACGCGUUAAAUACCUUCCAUUGUUGAUGGCAAGCUGUAUGCUUCUCGCCGUGUCAUUGCCGUACGUCAUUACAGUAGCUUUAGAGAAAGUAAACAUGUUCCUACCCUACAUCAGUCAUGCAGCAGCAUUUCCUCCACAAUCUGCAUUUUUAAGCAUAUUUAUGGCAAUUGGAACGUUUUUUGCUGUUCCUACUUUCUUCUUGAGAUUCGCAGCGGUAGAUCAAAAGCGAAACCGAUUAGAACCGAGGAAAAUCAAGAUUCUUAACAUCAUAGCUGUGUGUGCCGGUGUACUAGCGGCAAUCGCCAUGCUAUUAUCCAGCCAUUACCCUGUGGGUUACGUAACUCACGAAAGAAUGGAUUGGAUGAAAUCCGUUGUCGUUCCUCACUUUUCAUGUACAGCACUCCUAGUGACAUUGUAUACAGUGUACGUAUUGAUCCAAGCAUACCUGACAUACGUCCAUCGGAAGAGAUCCACGAAGAACGUAUUUGUUCAUGCAACACUUUCCAUGUGUGUCGUCAUCACAAAUUGGACAUCUUGUUUGCCAUUUUACGCAGCAAUGCGGGAAAUGGGACCGCGAAUAGUGGACGCAGAAACGGGAGAGAUCAGCUUGGAAUCACAAGAGUACAGUUUCUAUUACAUCAUCAGCUCGCUGUCUGAAUGGGCUUUUACAUUCUUCAGCAUACUGUUCAUUGCCACUUUCUAUAGAGACUUCAAGAACAUGAAUCUCCGCCUCAAAGUAAGUCUGAAAAAAAUCACUGAUAUUACGUUGGACAGUGUGCAAGCCACAGCUCAUUCAUCCGUCAAUGGUCACGAAGAAAUUACGAAAAUGUAAUCGUGUACUGUGUAUAUCAUAGCCAUACCUCAGAACUUUGACAAACUUUUACGGCUCAGGCACGUAAAGAAAUAUUUAUUCACAAAAUGCAGUAAGUCGUUUUUAUGUUAUUUGUAUUGUUGCUGAAAUUUUAGAUGACUGCUGAAAUUUUAAAUGUGUAUUUUAAAAGCGACUUUUUAUUUAUAUACUUAUUAUUGGCAUUCAUAUGUUAGUACCUUUCUUAUUUGAAGUCGUUUGUUUGUAUUUUACGUGUUCCAAUGUAUCUUUUGAAAUCAAUAAAUGAGAAAAUAUGCCA